AUGGCCCAGACCCACAACCCCCAGAAGGCAUUGCUCUGGGCCUUGAGUGACCUUGAGGAGAAAAGCUUCAAGCUCUUCAAGUUCCACUUACGGGACAGGAGCCUGCUUGAGGGGAAGCUGCCGCUAGCACGCAGGGAGCUGGAGGGCCUGAGCACUGUGGACCUGGCUUCUCGGCUGAUUUCCCUGUACGGAGUGUGGGAGGCCAUGAAGGUGGUGCUCAGCGUCCUGAGGGUCAUGAACCUGUUGGAACCUGCGGACCGGCUCAGCCCCAUUUGUCUGAACGAUUACAGAGAAACAUACCGAGAGCAUAUGCGCUGCCUAGAGGAGAGGCAAGAGGGAGGAAUCUGCGGCAGCUACGAUCAACUGCUCCUUGUGGCCAAGGCUAGCCCAGGGAGCCCAGAAUCGUCUGCCUGCCCCCUCCCGGAGCAGGAGCUGGACUCUGUCUCGGUGGAGACUCUGUUUUAUCCAGGAGAAAAGCCCUACCAAGUCCCACCCACAGUGGUGUUACAAGGGUCCGCCGGCACUAGAAAAACGCUGGCCAGAAAAAUGGUGCUGGACUGGGCCACUGGCACCCUGUACCCAGGCCGGUUUGAUUAUGUCUUUUAUGUCAGCUGCAGAGAAGUGGUCCUGUUGCAGGAGGGCAAACCGGACCAGCUCCUCUUCUGGUGUUGUGGGGACGACCAGGGGCCCGUCAAAGAGAUGCUGAGGGAGGAGGAGCGGCUGCUGUUCAUCCUGGAUGGCUUUGAUGAACUGCAGAGGCCCUUUGCAAAGGGCUUGAAGAGGCUGAGUCCGAACCCCAUGGAGAACGUGCUGCACCAUCUAAUUAGGAGAGAGGUGUUUCCCAGGUCUUCACUCCUUAUCACCACCUGGCCCGUGGCUUUGCGGAAUCUGGAGCCCUUGCUGAAGCAAUCACACCAUAUUCACAUCCUAGGCUUCUCUGAGGAUGAGAGGAGGAGGUAUUUCAGCUCGUAUUUCACUGAUGAGGAGCAAGCCAGAAAUGCCUUUGACAUUGUACAAGGAAAUGACGUUCUAUACAAAUCAUGUCAAAUUCCAGGCAUUUGCUGGGUGAUCUGCUCCUGGCUCAAAGAACAGAUGGAGAGGGGCAGACAGAUCUCAGAGACUCCCAGUAAUGGCAUGGACAUCUUCAUGGCCAAUGUCUCCACCUUCCUGCUGCCCAGUGACAAUGCAGGCUGCUUCCAGCUUACCGGGCACAGGGUCCUGAGCAGUCUGUGCUCCUUAGCAGCUGAGGGGAUCUAGCACCAGGGGUUCAUGUUUGAAGAAGCUGACCUCAGGAAGCAUAAUUUAGAUGUGACCAGGCUUGAUGCUUUCCUGAGCAGCACGAGUUACCAAGAGGGACGUGACAUCAAGACGUUCUAUACCUUCCGCCACAUUAGCUUCCAGGAGUUUUUUCAUACCAUGUCCUACCUGCUGAUAGAGGACCAGAGUCAAAUGGGGAAAGAGUCCCGCAGAGAACUGAGUAGGCUUCUGAAUGAAGAGGGGAAGGCAGAGAAUGAGGAGAUGACCCUCAGUAUGCAGUUUAUAUUGGACAUAUUAAAAAAAGAGACCUCUUCGAACUUUGAGCUAAAGUUCUCCCUCAAAAUUUCUCCCUUGGUAAAGCAGGAGUGGAUGCAUUUUAAAGAACAAAUGAAAUCUAUAAAGCAUAAAGGGGCCUGGGAUUUGGAAUUCUCCCUGAAUCCAUCUAAAAUAAGGAAUCUGGUGAAGGGUGUUCAGAUAAGCGAUGUAUCAUUUAAGAUGGGACAGUCAAAUAAAAAGAAAUCCCAGGACAGGAACUCAUUUUCUGUCAAAACCAGCUUGAGUAAUGGAUGGAAAGAGAAGCAGAAAUGUCCCGUUGUGGGCAAAGAGAAUAUAGCAAAGACACAAAAGGAGGCUUCUAAUGGAAAAGGCAGAGAUACGGUGAAAUGA